AUACACAUAUGUAUAUAUACACAUUGAUCAUUGAACACAACAGUUGUUUGAAUAAAUAUCUGAAUUAUUUCCUUUCAAAUUCGCCAAUCUGUUCAAUAGCUGAUUAAUUAUUAUUGUCUAUUUUAUAAAUAUCACAAAGACAAUAAUCAAUAUUCUCAGAAUAUCAAUCAAUAAAUAUCAUUAUCCACUGUGUGCAGAUGUGGUUGACAAGAUUUUAAAUUAUCUACAAUUUACAACUUCACUCUUUAUAAAUAGAAUGAAUGGCAAUUAAAAUGCAUUUUGAAAUUUAGUCUGUCUUUUAUUUAUUAUUUUACAAAGUUAAUCUCUCUAUUUUAUGGAAUAUACAUUUAUGCGUGUUGCAGUCAUGAUGUGGACGUUUAUGAAAGAAAACACAUGAAUAUUGUAAAUUAUGCAAACAAUGUCUGAUAAAACUUUAAUCGCAAAUUUAAAACUAAUGUCCAACAGUGGUUUAUUCACUUUAUCAAAAGAAUCAGUUAAUGAAUUUUUAUCUGGUGCUGUUGGAGGAUUAGCCGGUUUAACAGUUGGUCAUCCAAUGGAUACUGUAAAAGUAUUAAUGCAAAAUUCUUCAGGAAAUCCAACUUUUCGAGAAAUUGCCUGUCGGAUUAAUCAAACCGGCCUAAAUCGAUUUUUCACCGGCCUUACAAUCCCAUUUUAUUCAUACGGAUUUAUUAAUGCUGUGAUUUUCACUGUGUACAAAAAGUCAUUGAAUGUAUUCGAUUCACGAGUUCAAUCGCCAUUGGCUAAUGCAAUGGCUGGUGCUGUAUCCGGUGCUGUACAAUUAAUACCUGCUGUUCCAGUUGAAGUUAUUAAAAUACAACAACAAUGUCAUUUGGGUGGUAAACAAUUAACAACCCGUGAAUGUAUUCGUACUAUACUACGUGUUAAAGGCAUUCAUGGACUUUAUUCAGGAACAAUAAUUCAAGCAUUUCGUGAUAUACCAGGCUUUGCUACUUAUUUUUAUAUUUAUUCUGAAUCAAUUAAAAUGGGCAAAUCUAAUGGAUUGUCUACAUUUUGGUCUGCUUUUAUUGGUGGUGCUAUAGGUGGAACAUUAUCAUGGUGUAUUUCAAUGCCAUUUGAUGUCAUAAAAACACGACAACAAGUUGCUAAUGGUAUCACAGCUUCAAGUGUUAUAACAAAAUUAUUAAAUGAAAAAAGUUAUAAAAUAUUUUUCCGUGGAUUUCAUGUUGUCAUUGUAAGAGCACUAUUAGUCAAUGCGUGUACAUUUGGAGUUUAUGAAACAGUUUACGAUUAUCUUACAAAAGAUUAAAUACUUUUCUCCCAUUGUAUUCCGCAUUUUCCUCAUUUUGUGUUUUUUUUAUCACAUACCUUGAGACGUUUUAUGCUUCCUAAUAUAUGCAAAAAUACGAU